AUGGCAGACAAAGCAGUUACCAUUCGUACCAGGAAAUUCAUGACAAAUCGUCUCCUUUCAAGAAAACAAUUCGUCAUUGAUGUUCUUCAUCCUGGUAGAGCCAAUGUUUCUAAGGCGGAACUCAAGGAGAAGCUGGCAAAUUUGUAUGAGGUGAAGGACCCAAAUACAAUCUUUGUUUUCAAAUUUAGGACCCAUUUUGGUGGUGGGAAAUCUACUGGAUUUGGGUUGAUUUAUGAUACAGUUGACAAUGCAAAGAAGUACGAGCCCAAGUACAGGCUCAUUAGGAAUGGGCUUGCCACCAAGGUAGAAAAGUCAAGGAAACAAUUGAAGGAGAGAAAGAACAGAGCCAAGAAAGUCCGUGGAGUCAAGAAGACUAAGGCUGGAGAUGCUGGAAAGAAGAAGUGA